AACCCAACCUUCUGAACAGUGAGCAGGGCAGAGACGCAGUUUCGCGGGCCACAUUAGGCAACUGGAGAGACAGGUCAGGAAGUGGUCAGGCUGAUUGUUGAGAAGAGUGUCAGGUCGACACCUCGGGGCGAGGAAAUACCGACAGCAGGCAGGAACACUGACUCGGCUGGUGCUGCGACUCGAGGUCAUUGGAAACAGUGGAUUUGCUCCAGCACAUUAAGAGCGUCAUGGCGUACAGGAAGGUGUGCGACAGCCAAGGAGGCCCGAUGGUCAGCGAUGUUCUCAACUGCUCCGGAGCGCUGGAUCUUGCCUGGGAGAUGAAGAAAGAGGAACUUCAAGAGCCCGGAAACAGCUUGGACCACAUGCAAAUGCAGCAUGUUGAUUGCCAGCACUCCAGCCGUUCCAAUACUGGACCUGACCCCGAUCCAGAGUUAAUGGAACCGAUUCAACCUCCCGUUUCUGUCUCGCCCCAUGGUCGCUUUGAGCGUCUCCAAGAGGACCCAAACUACAUCUCCCAUUUCACCCGAGCUUCGGGUCAUAAAGGCCAGCGCCAUCGUCAUUGUUUGCUGUUCAGGUACUUCAUUGCUGCAGUAGGGAUGUUUGUGCUGGGCCUCCUCAUCGGCUGGUUUGCUCACAACCCACCGGCCAAAGCCAAGCGUCUCACAUCAGACAGCUCAGAUCUGCUGGAAGAACUGCUGAAGAGAAUAUCUCCUGACAAGAUAGAUGCUCUGCACCGGUCCUUCUCCAUCCUCCCUGACGACAGCGAGGAGGCCCGAGCCAGAUACCUCCACAGUCAAUGGGUGGGUCUAGGCUUGACGGGUGUCUACCUCCAAAAUCACACGGUGCUGGUCAGUUUACCCGGCUCCUCCCCCAACACCAUCACUGACAGCUCCAGCAACCAAUGUUUCCAGCCAAACGGGACGCCAUGUGACCAGCCUGGGUCACCUGACAUGGCCUACGCUGCCUAUUCUGCUGUGGGGACUAUAAAGGGUGUGGUGGUGGAUGUCCAGUAUGCCACUGAGGCAGACCUGAGGAGAGCCAGAGAAAGUGUGAACAUCACAGGUCAGAUUGCAGUGGUCAAGCUUGGUCAGGCUCCGCUGCUAUACAAGUUAUCCCUGCUGUCUGAAAUGGGCUUCGGAGGUGUUCUGCUCUACCUGGAUCCGUGUGAUGCCCCUCCAGGCCGCCACAUCUUUCACCAGGCCUUCAGUGUAACUCUGAACCCGGGUGGGAACCCUACUGCUGGCUCACAAACAAACCAGCUGCAUCUCACUUCGUUGUUGGUCCAGCCGAUUUCUGCAUUCUUGGCCAAGACUUUGCUGUCGUCUCCAUCCACCGGACAGGGAGACCACUGCACUCCACUCGCGAUGCCCGCCAAAGCAGAAAGGAGAAAGAUAACCCUGAACAUUGGGAAUCAAUGGUCGACCAAGAAGAUAUACAACGUCGUGGGAUACCUGAAAGGACGUAAAAACCCAGAUCGCCAAGUGCUGGUGGGAAGUCACCAUGACAACAGUGAGGGAGGCGGAGCUUCGGCCAUCAUGAAUCAGCUCAUAGCGGCGCUGACAGAACAGACCAAGCAAGGAUGGGUGCCUGACCGUACUACCGUGUUCUGCUCGUGGGGGGGCUCGGCCGUGGGCAACAUUGGCUCCUACGAGUGGGGAAAGGUGAACAGUGUAGUGCUGCAGAGCUGUGCAGUGGCUUACAUCAGCCUCAACUCUCCAGUCAGAGGCACGGAGACUCUCAGAGCGACAGCCUGUCCAACACUGUUGCAGCUCACUUCAGAUAUACAACGAAGACAGUUGUUGAGCUGCAUCCGAGGUGGGAACUGUCCUGGACCCAGCGUCAGCACGCUACAGUCGCCUGGUGAUAAGAGCUUUGUCGCCAACAUGCUUGGAGUACCCACCAUGGAGUUUGCCUUCGAGCAAGCCAAAGCAGAGACAACCACGUUCUUAUCUGAGGCCCUGUUCCCGGCAGAGUCCCCCAGAACCAUUGAUCCUCUCUUCAAGUUCCAUGAGACCAUAGCCAAGAUGACGAUGGAGGCCAUUUUCCGGCUGGUCACGGAUCCUGUGCUGCCCUUCUACCCUCUGGACAUCGCCCUGGACGUCCAAGACAAGCUCCGAGAUGAGAAAGCUGCAUCUCCAGCCUUGCUUUCCGCCGCAGCGUCCUUGAGAGACCAUGCAGCUUUCUUCCAGUCAGAGAUGAUGCGACCUGCCAAUGACCCAAAAGAGAGAGACCCAUCCCAUGUGAGGAUGCUCAAUGAUGUCCUUCGGGACUUGGAGAAGAGCUUCUUGGUUCCUCAGUCACCUCCUGGAGUGUACAGAAAUUUGCUGUACCGUCUCCCAGGACAGACAGCCCAGUUUUCUCUCAUGCGAUUGUCUCAGGAUGCUCCCUGGCACUGCAACAACGCUACGACAUCAGUCUGUCGCCCAGUGGCUGAGCAGGGAGGAGCAUGUCUCUACAGCAUAAGCCAUUCGAGGUCACUGAUUCUGGAGGCCGUACGGUCAGCUGACACACUCGUGUGCUUUGGUCUCGAACUGUUUGAGAAUUAUCCACUGUGACUUCCUCCCUGAAGUGGGUUGUUAUUGUUUUUGUUUUGUUUUGUUUUUUUGGAAUAACACACACCCAGUCAAGCCAGCCAGCAUUCACCACACACAACAUGUCAGAAACCAUGACGUAAAUUAAUUGAAUAUGCAAAACAACCUGCAGCCAUGAUUACAGUGCAAGAUUAAUUUUGGGAAACAGCUGCUUUAUGUUAUGUCACUCCCAAUGUGCAUUUCUGAAAUUAAAACGUCACACUGAGCUCUGGCGCCUCAUCAGCCCAUCACUGGCGAGCGGACAUUUUUAAAGAAAUGUCUUACCAAGAGCAGCCAGCGUUUCAGUCCGGCCCAUCCGACCUUACUCCUCAAAUUGAUUUAACUUGUCAGGUCAGCCUUUAGCCUUCUGGCCAUUAGACGUCUUCAUUGGUAUAAAGGAAACAUUGGGCCUUAAGUAUGGCCGUUGGUAAGGCCAUGUUGGGGUCAUAGUUGGCCCAUUUGGAGUCAAAGCACAUGACUGCAAGCCACAGACAGUCAAACCAAUGUCAUUAUAACCAAAUACAUGAGUAUUAGCGGGCGGGGGGUCAUAAUGAUACAGCCGAUUGACUAACCGCUAUACACCCAACUGUGAUGUGUAUACAACUGUGAAAGAAAAGCAUCUUCUUUUCAUCCUUGUUUCACUGGGUUUCAUGAACAGCUCCUCUCUCCUGCAUUGACACAAAACAGCACUGUUGGAGUGCAUGAGUGUCAGUCUGAGUGGUGCGUAGUGAAACACACAUGGGCACAUGUUUAUGUGCCACAGUGACAACUGCUGUAGUGCGGAUGGAUGAUUCAUUUUCAUAUUUUCAAACGUGAUUUGGAUUCCGGGCACAGGGUCCUGUUUUUAGCACUAAUCGUAGUGGUUAAUUUUGUGAAUAUAGAGUGGGACAGUUUACUAAGUUUUCUUUUGUGUCUCCCAAGUUUCCCUGCUGCAAACCAGAAAAUAUGCUAUUGUUACACUGAACAAUAUGAAUCAUAUUGUGCAUUGCAAAUUAUGGGAAAGUAUGAUAAUCACCAUUCCGACAUUUUUAUCUGUCCUUACCACAUUCAUGAUCAAAUGCCUCUGUUAUCCACUGUGUAGUGACGAAUGUGUAAAUAUUACAAAAAUAAUGUUAUUUUGCCAGUUAUGAGCCAGAUAUUCAUGAUUCGGCUUAUUUACACGUACUGUUUAUUGAUCUUCUGCAGUCUUCACAUGACGUCCCACUGAAUGAGCAGGGAAUAUCACUGUUCGGUUCCUUGCAUGCAUGAGUGUUUAGAUGUUCACUUUUAUUAUUCCAACUGGAAAUGAGCAUUUUUGCCUGCAUGCCUUAAUGAAUGUAGGAUUUGUUCAUAUGUAACAUGCUAGUGUGUGUUAACAUCAAUCGAACUGGCAACUAACUAAAACGAUUUGUUUCAUGAUAAUUUGUAAUUCUGAGGCAAAACUUCACUCAAGAAUCGGUUCUGGUGUGUUGUCGUGUAAUACUAACUUCUUUUGAAAUAAAUGACUAAUUUUGUACGGAAGCAGCAAUAACAACAUGUCAAGCAUAAGUGCUCUGACGUCAUUUUUGCACCUUGAAUGCAAAUUGCACACUAAUUUAUUCAAUAAAUCGGGCAGCUGCAUAUGAAAAUUCUAUUUUCGAAAAAUGACUUUUUUAAAAGCAAAGCAUUUUUUACACUUUUUGUACCUCGCUACUUUAUGACGACUUUUCUACAACUUGUCUGGUAGUACUGACUCAAAUGGUUUUGGUUCAAUCUUGUAUAUCUGGUGGUGUUAACAUCAUCGCCAUGGUCAUAGAUGUUUGCAUUGUCGUGUUGCUGUAUACAUUUUUUUUUUCUACUUGUGAUGUGCAGUACCACUUAACAAUGUUUUCAAUCUUAAUGGAAUUGUCUCAACUCUAUUGCAAGAGUUCAAUGAAUGGUUUGUAAACUUCUCUUUGUGCCUGCUGUUGUUUUAGCUAGUCUUCCACAGUAACUUCUGAUUGUUGUAGUAGCAAGAAGUGAAGAAAAAAAAAACUUGAGGUUUGCCAAAUGAAAUUUUGAUCAGCUGAGAUAUGCUACAUUUUUUACAGUGAUGAAGUUAUUUGAUGAAUAAUGAUGUUGUUGGAAAUAAGCUCAUGUUCCAAUAAGUCUUAUUGCAAAGAUAUGCUUGUUUCUAUUUGUUCGUUGUUACGAUUCUUGUUCAUCAUGUCAGCCAUGCCAAACUCCGUCAUGCAGGGUCCUAUAAUGCUUUUAAACUGCAAUUGAACUUGUUCUGGAUCAAGUACAAGCACAACCAAAAGCACAAUAGAAUUUGCACUUGGAUGAGAAGUGUUUCUUGUUUCCUUUACGACAAGCACUGCCAUAAAAAGUGAUUUUAUUCAUUCUUUAAAUGUUGUUUUUUUUAUUGUCAUUGAAUCGUGAAAGCAUUUGUUUUCAUGUAUAUAUCAACAUAUGUUAGAUAUAUGGCCUGCACCGACUUCCGACUCAUAACACGCAGUCUCAAAUUUUGGGUGAUUCCUGAGUUGACAAUGGUGAUCUCUGCCUAUUAGAAUAAAAAAACAUGGACUUUGGGCACGAAUCGACGACUUAGCUUCACUGUUAUCAAUGAAAAACCUGUGCAUGUUUUCUUGUUUGUGUAAAUGUUUGUUGUACUGUUGCAUGUCCUUGAAUCAAUGCAUUAAGAACAGAGAUGUUAAGGAGGGUCUUUGGAAAGAGAUUAACAAAGUGUUUUUGUGUUUCUGUUGAAAUGGCUGUAAAUCAUUUAAAUUGCAUGUUCAGUUGCUGCCGUG